AUGGCUCGAUGGAUGAGGACGAAAGCAGCUUUGGCGCCACCGCCUCUGAGAGUGCAGCCGCUGAAGAUGGCGCUUCUCAACCACCUCCAGCUGAACCAGCUGUUGAGCCCCCUGCCGAUGCAACUACACCAAGAUCGUCCAGAUCAAGACCUCGUGGUUCACAAACCUGGACGUGGCAGAAAGGCAUGGCAUACCACUGUGGAUGAGGACGCCAAUGAGUAUGACGACACAGAGAUGCAUGAGUAUGAGGCCUGGCAGGCUGAUUACGCGACAGUGGCUGAACCUGAGGCCGAAUAUGAUGAUGUGGCCUAUGAUGAAGAGGAUGCUGACUACCAGGCAGAUGAGACUGAAGCUGCUGGUGACGGCGCUGAAGCCGCUCCUCAAGAUGUCUCCGCCAACAACUUGGCUGCUGUGGUGGAGGCGCUGACUCUAACAACAGCUGGCAGUGUGCUGGAUGCCGAAGGCAACAUGGUGGAUCACUCAAGCUGGAUGGUCACCUGCACUCCGGCCGUUUCAGAUCAUGCAGUGGCGGAGGAAAAAGAGCACUUUGUGACCGCCGAUGACGGGCUGUCAAGCUUCAACCAGCCCGAGAUCCAAUUCGAAAGCCGCCGCAUGCCGACGACCACGAACCCUCCAGGAUGGCUGAGCAACUGGAGGUUUCUCAUGAUCAACUUCCUGGAGACCCUCUACAAUGUGAAGCAGAUGGUCUUGGUGUAUGCGGCCACGUCCCUGAAACCUCGCAUGAAGGAUGCCAUGCUGGACGGGUACUUUCCACCCCAGACCGCGGUGACAAUGUUGAAGACCACCACGGCGGCUCAGAUGCAGAAGAACCACCAGCUGGCAUACCCCAACGAUCCAGCUCGAUGCGACCAUGCUCUUGGACUUCGAAGCUAUGGCGCUGGGGGCAGGAUCAUCAAGAUAUGCGACCAAUGUGGAGGCCGUUGGAUGGUGAACACCGACAAGGACAAGUCGCUGAUCCUUUGCACUCCAAAGGCAUCACCUUCAGCGAAGACACCCCUGGGCUUGCCGAAGGGAACUCUCAAGACUGGCUACGCCCUUCACCCAGAAGAUCUGGGGCGACAUCGACUUCAACUUCAACAACAAGAGGCCAGCCGUGCAAGCCAAGCACCCAGUCAGACCACAAGGACAAGUCCAUCAACGGGGCGGUCAAGGGUGUCAGCAAGUUCCUUGGUUGGCUCGCGACCCUCGCUGUCGCUUUCAAUGAGUCAGGCCAGGCCCAAGACCAGGCCUGCAGUGCCCACGUCAGCCAGACUGACCGAGCAGAACUUGCAGGAGCUGCUGGAGGUGGACGAUGCGAGCAUGGCGAGCUGGGAUCAACCAAGGGUACCAAGUAUGGCCUACUCACCCAGCAUGAUGGAGCCAGAACAAGAGCUGUCAGCUCGCCGGAGCGAGUUCACAUGGCAGAGCCGGCGUCGAAGCCGACAACGCGAGGAACACUUGGAGGAGGAAUUGACGCUGGGAGAACAGGGAGAACAUCUGUGGCAGACACGCCCCAUUCCUAUGACCGACGAGGAGGAGGAUUUCAACGAGGCCCACGAGGUCGAGGACGAUCUGCAGAUGAACCAUUGUUCAAAGAAGACCGCGGGUGGCAACAACUCCGCUCUGGGCAUCAGAAGCGCGAACCUAUAUGGACAACAAGCUGCCCGAGCUCGAGCAAUGAGGCGCCAUCGUUGUGACCUUUUGGAAGUUUAUGGUGGUUUUGCCAACAUCUCCAUUGAGGGGAUCAAGCAUGGUUUGAAAGUGGCGCAGCCCAUUGACAAGGUGCACGGUGUGGCCAUCGAGACCAGGGCUGAUCAUGAGCAACUUCGACAGCUCUUGCGGCGAAACCGGCCUUUUCUGACGGUGUGGGAGAUCAGGUGCGACCCUUGGUCACACAUCCAACACCUGAACUACACGGCCGAGCAACUUGAAGAGCUGCGCCGCCAACAUUUGCUUGAUUUGGAGGAGAUGGCCAAAACCAUUUGUGAGCUCUAUGAAUUGGGAUGCCAUUUUCUUUUGGAAAACCCCUGGGGCACAGAGUUCUGGAAGCAGUUGGCACUACAACGCAUUCUUCGUCUUCCUGGUGUGGAGCUGAAGCGUGGGUCGAUGUGCAACUUUGGCCUCAGAGGGCAUGAUGGCUAUCUCCUGAAGAAGGACACGGGAUGGUGCAGCGAUCUCCCGAUGGUGUUAGCUGCAGUGGCCGUACCAUGUCCUGGUCUACAUGAACAUGAAGAAUGUUUGGGCACCAACGCCAAGAGAGCUCAGGUUUACACGAAGAAGCUCGCCAGAGCUGUUGUGGGUGCCCUACUUCAAGAACUACAACUUCGUGGUGAUGAACGCUUUUGCAAGCACGUUGCCCCCAUCACAAGCUAUGACCCUGAGGAGAACCUGAAGCCUGAAGAGGUCAAGGUGAAAAAGCCAGACGCAGACAAGGUGAUUUUGGAUGCUGCUGGACAACCUCAAGGCCAACUUGCCUUGGACGAGGGAGAUGAUCUACUUCCUCUUCUUGCUGCACCAGCACGGAAUGUUCCAGCUCAGCCCGUUGCGCCUGAACUGGUGAUUGUGCCAAAAGCUUUGCCAGCUACUCCUUUGACAGCACCACCGACGCCAAGAACAAGGAGACAGAAGCAGCUGGCUGAUCAACCAGCAAGCUCAGCUGGAUCCAAGCUUGCCAAGAAGGACAUUGUUCUUCCAGUGCCAGAUCAACAACCACCGGUUUUGUCAACAGACAUUGCAGCAGGCUGGUUUCUUGACCCCGAUGGGCGUCCAACAUGUGUCACUGAGAAGGCCACGACCAUCCCAACUCCAGAUCCUCAACAUUGUGAUCCAAAUCAGUUUCAAUAUCGAACUACUUGGUCUUAUCACGGCGACCAAUGGAAGAAGUUGGAGGAUCGUGUCCAAUGGAGCCAAGCCCCUGUUGCUGAUGUUUCAAUUCAAGGUGUGCCAGUGGAACGUUUGGUUACCACUUUUUCACCUGAUCAAACUGUUGGACGAAGGCCAUCAAUACAAUCAACUGUGGAGACCCAUCGCGGUGUGAAGAGGAGUGCAGAACAGUCCGAAUUGCCUGCACGGCCUGAACGAGAUCCUACCUCGACUGAAGUUGCUGAACAUGCUGCUGCAGAACAAGCUCUACCACCAGUGCCAGCCGAGACGGCAGAUGCCCUGGCGACCUACUGCAGCGAAUGCGGCAGCUCAGAUCAACAACAUGAUUUGCUUUUUGCACAGUGCUCCCGCUGUUGUGCACACUCCUUCGUCGCCGAUCCUCGCCAAGUGACGAAUUGGUUUGAUGAAGUUGAGGAACGACAAGCCUUUGAGCAGCUGCAAGAUGAGAUGACCUACAGCACUAGACUGAAACACUGGUCUAGUCUUCCUCGAGCUGACCUACAAGAAGUUCUUCUUCCUGCCCCUGAUGUCAUGGAUGAGGCCUAUGAGAGUGAAGCUUUUCUGCUGGACAUUGGGCAGUGCUUCCGACACCUGCCUGAGGAUGCAAGGGAUGAUGCGACCUCAGUGUGGAGUGUAGCCAUCCAGAACGAGAAUGCGGAAUGGCAGUGGCAGGAGAUUUUUCAGAACAUCAACGUUGCCUCAGACACUUUUGAAGAGACCAUGCGGUCAAUGCCUGAUGAGCGGCGCAAGGCCCUUUUCAUCAAGCACCAGAGAAAAAGCCGCCGACCACUACGGCGAAAGGUGUUCUUUGUGAAGGUCAAGAUUCCCAGAAAAGAACGACACUGGCUUCGGCGUCAUGGCCGGCACAAUGUGAUGACAACUGGCUGGGAUGGAUCUCCACCUGAGCUUCAACCUCUCUUCCAGUAUGAGGACUUUUCCAAGGUCUACCACAGCUUCAUCACUGACCUUGCGGACAAGAAGACCGCUACGGUGAAUGCCGAGGUGAUCAAGGAUGUCGAGCAGUUCAUCCAAGCUGGCAGACCCACCUGGGAACAGACCUCAUGGCAAAAAGCUGAAGAGCCUGACACCUUCAGCGUGCACUUUGCCGAGAACCAAACCAUCACAGGCCCUGAGUCCAGUGAUGAAGAUGAAGAAACUGAUGAUGUUGGAAGAGCAGCCAAACAGGCAUUGAAGAAAGAAACGCCCUGGCGAACUAUCAGCAAUGAAGAUCGCCCCAAGUUCAUCCAAGCCAAUCAGGAUGAGUGGAGCGAGUGGCUGAAAUGGUCAAGCUGCAAAGCUGUGUAUCCACAACCUGGAGAAGUUGACCCAAAGCUGAUUCUGAAGUCCAGAUGGGUGCCAACGGAGCAGCAAAAGGCAGAUGCCUUGACGAAGAGAAGCCCGGCGUUGAGAGAUGCCUUCAGAAGGUGGGCACAAGACCCGGUAGUGGCAUUGACUGAUGCCAAGAGUGCUGAGGAGGGAUUCACGCGUGUAGGAAAAGAGCUGAGCACCGUGCAUGGACAUGGCACUUUGAUCCAGUCAAUGGCCCGUGCUGCGCGUUAUGCCUUUGCUGGUCUUUCUGCAGCCAAUGUGGGCCUUAGAUGGCGCCCUUUGGGUCAAUGGCGCAGCUUUCGUGCUUGGGUCGUCGAUGCUGAGAAGGGAGAGUUGAAGUCCAGAGAGGUGAAGGACUUUCAAGAAGUCUCCGCCUUGCCACAGCAAGAUCCAGAUGCAUCCGCGACAGUGAAGGUCAAGUACAGCGAUUUGAACUACAAAGAUGCAAUGAUUUUCAAAGGUAUGCAUGGUGUUGUGAGAAGUUUUCCCAUCGUCCCUGGAAUCGACAUGGCUGGGGUGGUACAAGAGAGCAGCUCUUCGCUCUUCAAUGCUGGCGAUGAAGUGGUGCUGACGGGCAACAAGAUUGGCCAGCAUUGUGAUGGUGGUUACAGCGAGUUGUGUCGAGUGCAGGCGGAAUGGCUUGUGCCAAAGCCACCUGCUUUCACUUUAGAGGAGCUGCAGAGUGAGUGCAUGAUCAUUGGCACUGCAGGCUUCACUGCAAUGCAGAUGGCCACUGAAGCUGGAAACAAAAUGUAA